UCAGAAGACGUUUUCUCUUCUACCGACAAUGCCACAACCAGUGGAAUGGUAUCGGGUAGUGAUCCCGAAUGUUCAGAAGAGGAUCGUUUGAUACAGUGGCUACGAAAUGUAGGAAAUUUGCAAAUCAGCAUCAAUCCAAUGGAGAGUCCUUUGGAGGGAGGGGCUCCUUGUCUGUUUACGUUCAAUCCAAUGCUUCAUUCAGAAGUUACCUCGGGACAUGCCAAUUUUGAAAAUUUAGCCAUGGUUCCAUUGGAAAGAUUGAGGAAUGGUUCACUACAUGGUAUUAUUCCAGCUUCACAGCAACCUGGUUUGGUUUCUGUAACACUCACAUCACAGCAUGGGAUAUGUCUGGGGAAGACUCACAUAAAGUACUAUGGACGGAAAGAGGUUCUUAACACGAUAGUACGCUCCCCAACUCUAGUGAAGGAGAUUUGUGAAGAGUACAGUACGGUCUACGGUUUUGGUGAAACCAAUAUGGAGGCAAUAAAUUCUGGAAUUCUUGGAAUCACAGACCCCAUGCCGCUUUUUCGCCUCUUGGUUUAUACAGCUGCCGAAGUGGGUGCUCAGCAAUUUAUUGAAAUGAUCUUCAACUCUUCAGCUGGAAGGGUAGUAUUUGAAGCUUAUAAGGGCAGUUCACAAUUGCCAGAGGUUAUUGCCAGAGAUCAUGGUAAUGAGGAGACUGCACAGUACCUCGAACGCUUAACCAAAAGGUUUUCUGAUGAGAUUAGGAGUGGCAAGGAAUGCUCCCAAACAAUAGACUGGUCAGAACUUGCAAAAGCCGCUAAAGCAGCGCAGAAAAAGUUUGAUCUUACCAACGAAAAAGAAGACGGUCUAGAUAAACGAAAUGAUCCGAAGGAAACUGGCUAUUCAGGAGACGCUGAUUCAUCUUCCAGUGAAGCAUCAGCGCCGCAAAGCUCCGACUCUGAGGAUGAUAUCUCAGCUAGAACAAAACCAACAACAACGGCAACAACAACGGCAACAAGGAAAGGUUCUGUCAGCAGUCGAGAAUGUAAAACUGGGCAAAAAGAGCUGCACGGAGAAGAUCACAAAAGAGACAAUGAAGACCCAACUGCUGAGUCUUACAGCGGCAAAAAAGGUGAAAUUUGGCAGCAAGGAGAUCUGCAUGGCAAAGAUCGCAAUAGAGACACUGAAGACCCAAUUGCUGAUCUUACCAGAGAAAAAGAAGAUGAUGAAAUGAGAAAGGAUAUCUCCAAAGAAACUGGCUAUUUAGGAGAUGUUGACACAUCGUCCAUUGAAUCAAUGGAGGCUCAAAGCUCGGACUCUGAUGAUAUUUCAAGCACGUCACGGAAAGGCAAGUUAGACCUUUAUAGGAGUCUGUCUUUUUUAUAUGCAUUUGGCUCUAAAUUUUUUCCUAUCAAGCUGUUUGAGUCUUUUAUGGUCACUGUAUUUGUCCACUGUGCCGAAUUGGGCAAGAGCCGGUUCACGCGGGAAUCAAGUAGUGUUCAUGUACAUUGUCAUAGUUGGCAAAUUAAUUGAUUUGACACUCAGCAAUUAUAAUCUUAUUGACUAAAUUAAUAUAUUUCUCAAUGUCACCAUCACGGUGUUACUGUAUCUCCCCUUCAAAAACUA